GCCUGAAGGAUUUGGAGAACCGGCGGCUGACGACGGGCGAGAUGGACGUGUACGAAGCAAAGCUGGCGGCGGCCGCGCAUGGCGACCGCGAGAAGGGCCUCGAGCUGCUCGAGUUCGUGCGCAAGGAGAAGCUCCGCGUGCCCGACGUGGUCGUCAAGGUCGGCCAGGCGCUCGUCGCCCGCGGUGGCCUCGGCGACGCGCUCUGGACGAUCCACGAGCAAGUGCUCAUCGCCGCGCUCGACCUUGGCGCUAUGGACGUUGUCGACUCUACCUUCCUCGCGCUCAAGAACAAGUUCCCAGACUCGUCCCGCGUGCUUCGCCUCGAAGGCAUGAUCUUUGAGGCGCAAGGCAAGUACGCGCAGGCCGACGCGCUCUACAAGGACAUUUUGGCCAAGAACCCGGCCAACAUGCUCGUGAUGAAGCGCCAGGUAUCGCUGCUGCGGGCCCAAGGUCGCACGGAGGACGCGAUCACGAAGCUCAACGCGCUCUUGCGCUGCUUCCAGACGGAUGCUGGCGCGUGGUGCGAGCUCUCGGAGCUGUACCUGAGCCUCGGCAACUACAAGCACGCUGCCUUUUGCUACGAGGAGCUCAUUCUGCUCAACCCGCUCGACGCGCUCAACCAUACGCGCCUGGCCGAGCUCUACGUCACGAUCGGCGGCCUCGACAACCUCCGGACGGCGCGCAAGCACUUUGCCCACGCGCUCGACUUGAACGCGCAAAGCACGCGCGGGCUCGUCGGCCUCGUCAUGUGCACGAGCGCGAUUGCGUCGACCAAGACGGCGCGCCCCGAGAAGGACGACCGCGAGCUCAACGCGCGUCUGCACCAGUUUGCGCUCCAGAAGUUGCGGGGCGUCUACGCCGAGCUCCCGACGGCGGCCGCCGUCAACGCGGCCCUCACCAGCACGACGGCAGCCUUUGACGAAUAG